GCGCACCUCCCCCGCCUCCGCCAGGCGGACCUCCGGGCGUGCAGCGUAGGGGGCGGGCUCCAGGCUGGAGCUGCGCCGAGUUGAGGGAUAUCCUCUAGCCGCCGGACCCGCCGCCCUCCUGAUGCUGGACGCCGACCAGCCGGAGCCAGUGCGCUGCGGGGCGAGCGAGAUCGCGCUCUUCCUGACCCCCGAGCUGGGAACAGAGGCGAGGGAGGUGGAGGCGGCCGUGGACAGGAUUCUCCUGGUGCUGGAAGAGUUCUGCAGCCUGGCUGAUAUGAUUAGAAGUGACACUUCACAGAUGUUGGAAGAAAACAUCCCAUUGCUUAGGGCCAAAGUGACAGAAAUGCGCAGCAUCUACGCCCAGGUGGACCAGCUGGAGGCAUUUGUCAAGAUGGUUGGGCACCAUGCUGCCUUCCUGGAAGCCCACGUACUGAAGGCGGAGCAGGACCACGGUACCUUCCCUCAGGCUCUGUGGAGGUGGCUGGGCUCUGCAGGCCUCUCCUCCUUGGGAAAUAAGCCCGUGGCAUCAGCACCCUUGCCUUAUGAGCUGCCCAUGCUGUACAGGACAGAGGACUAUUUUCCCAUGGAUACUCAGGAGGCAAAGCACGAAGUCCCCUAACUGCCACCACCUUGCAGUGUAGAGUGAUGGCACAGGAGCUGCUGGCAUUACUCUUCCUCAUUGAUUUGCUUUGCAUUUUCUCUGUGUGGGGCGUGGAGCAGCAGUGGUUACCCACAAAAGGACAGUGCAUGACAUAGGCCCACAAAGGCAUUCUCUGCCGGUCUCCAGGGCAUGGGGUCUACAGUGAGGGUUGUUGUCUGCAGACUGAGUCCCAUCCUGUGGAUCACCCGAAUAAAAGGUGUCAAGAGCUCUCCCAUGGUCAGGCUAUGAGGUCUGUGGGAACAUUGGGCUCCUUUUCUCCUGUGUAAAUGUUUUCUCUCAGGUCACUCUGCCUGGUCAAAGGAGGCCUGGUACUCCAGUCUGUGCCUGAGGGGAGGGGGGUAAGCCUGGCCACCAUCCAGCUGGAACACAGAGGCCAGAGGGUCCCUGUACCCUGGUAUGCUGGUCUUCCUCCCUUCUGCAGACCCGCUUCCUGCUGUCAUCCCCUCUCAAGAAUCUGCCAGCAAGCUUCCACCUGGGCUAGAGAUAUGUGGAGUUCCUCUUAGAGUUAAGAAUGCACAGGAAGGUGCAUACACAUACACACACACAAACACACACACACACACACACACACACACACACACACACACACACAUGGGAAUAGACUGCAGGAUUAAAAUUUCAAAGCAGUUUAAAAUAAUGUAUCUGGCAUGGCAGCAGGAGACAGCGAGGAGAAAUGGAAUGUGCCAGUUUUGGGAAACUUUGGAAUUCAAAACAUGUAGGUGAGCUGAACAGGGCAGGGUGGCCUGAUGACCUGAGUUUGACCCCUGAAAUCCACACUGUAGGAGAGAACCGACCCCCACAAGUUGUCCUCUGAUCAUUCCACAUAUGUGUUGUAGCAUGUGCAUGUGCUCAUCCCAAAUAAAUAAAUGUAAUUACAAAAAUUCAAAUUUGCUAAACGACCCACCACCAGCAGAAACCCCAGAAGUGUGUGGUUGGCUCUGAGCAAUUUGAAGAUAUCUGUGUUCAGCCACUGGGCAGGCAUCUGGGAAAAAUAAAAGGAGCCCACACCUGACUCUGCACCCUGGCAAAGUUUCAGAAUU